UUGGCAGUUCUUCUUGUCUCUAAGCUGAAUGGAAAAUUAACUUUAUAGGUAAAAAGAGAUCAAAUAUAACUGGCACUUCAAUUCAGUUAUUAGAAUGGUUUGGACACACUCCAAUAUAUUUGACAUAAUUCUGAAACAAAGUUACAGUGAUGGACUAAAAAAACAGAUUCAGUGUCAAGAUAGAAGACGUGGCCAUACAGUAGCAUGGACAGAGCAAUAUUUGUGUUAGUUCUCGAAGAAAACCGUGGAUUAUAUCGCAAAACAAAAUACUGCAGGUGAAAAUACGGACGACACUGACGGUCAUUGGCAAGAAGAUGGCCUCUUGGGAAGAAAAUUUGGGUCAGCCCAAUCGUUCUGUUCUGGGAAUGGAAGGGGCAUCACACUUGUCCAGUUCCCUCUUCAAUCUCAGCAGCAGUUAUGGGGGUCCAGGGGCUUUUCUCUGGCUGGUUCCAUCAGAGAAUAUAACAUUCUCCACCACAAUGUCCACAAUGCAGCCCGUAGUCCCUCCGCGAGUGCGGGACCAGGCCUUGGCCCAGGCAGAGAUCGGGGUGCUAGGGCUGGUAUUUGCCCUCACAACUCUGGGUAACAUCUUCGUGCUGUGGGUACUGCUGCAUAGGAAGAAACAUCACGCACCUAUGCACCUCUUCAUGGUCAAUCUGUGUGUGGCUGACCUAGUAGUGGCCUUCUUUCAGGUGCUGCCACAGUUGGUCUGGGACAUUACCGAGCGGUUUCAGGGCCCUGAUGCUCUUUGUCGCUCAGUCAAGUAUUUGCAAAUUGUCGGAAUGUUUGCGUCCUCCUACAUGAUUGUUGCCAUGACUGUGGAUCGCCAUUAUGCCAUCUGCUGCCCCUUGCAGGCAUAUCGAGGGACCACGCCCUCUCAUUGGAACACCCCUAUCAUGGUUGCAUGGGGCCUGGCCUUGGUGCUCAGUUUACCACAGGUUUUUAUCUUUUCACGAUCAGAGGUGGCCCCUGGGGAGUUUGAAUGCUGGGGACACUUUGCUGAGCCAUGGGGCCUUAAAGCAUAUGUCACCUGGAUGACUGUGGCUGUGUUAAUAUUGCCAGCCUUAAUCAUCACUGUCUGUCAGGUUCGCAUCUUCAGAGAGAUCCAUGACAAUAUCUACCUGAAGUCAGAGCGGGUGGUGAUGGCAGAAUUCAAGCGGAACUCUGUCUUCUUCCACUUUCCUCAACGGGACGGAUGCAGCAGGGGAAGGGACAGAGAGAGAGACAGACAGUGCGGACACAACCACCAUGGUGACAACAUUCUCAGCCAAGCUCUCUGCAGCCCUUCUCAUCCCUCUUCCUCUCCUGCAGACCUUCAAAUCUUAAAUGAUGACUAUUCUAAGACUUUGCCUUGUAGGAACUCUAUCUGCAAGCCUAGCUUUAGACCCCUCCCAUCUUCAGACUGCUCCUCCCCCUCCAUCACACCUCACCUGCAAAACACCACUCCUGUCAACACCCCCAGCUAUCUCUCUGACUCCUCCCAUUCUCAAUUACUGACAACCAGUAGCAUGUGUGAAAGAUCUUGUGCCACCUUUUCAUUGGCUGGACAAUCAAACACCUCUGGAGCUUCUGAGCUAUGGCCAGAUGUGCUUCCGGAUACUGCAGACUUUCCCCUCCCCAUUGAGUACUCACACCCACUUCCUCUCCCAGGUGUGACCAAGGCCAUGUCUAAGACGGUGAGGAUGACUCUUGUCAUUGUGCUGGUCUACACCAUCUGCUGGUCUCCUUUCUUUAUUGUUCAGUUAUGGGCAGCCUGGGACCCCAACCCACCAGACCAAGGAGUAGCUUUCACCAUUCUGAUGCUAUUGGCCAGUCUGAACUCCUGCACUAACCCGUGGAUUUACACAGCCUUCUCCAGCAGUGUGUCCAGAGAACUGGUCACUCUGCUGCGCUGCCACAUUGGGUUACCACGCCGAGGUUCCCUACCAGAUGACUCCACCACUCACACAUCCACCACCGCCAAGGACUCUAUCUACUGAAUUCUUCCCAGAAUUCACCAUAGAGCACACAGCCAAAGGCCAAUGCAGUUUAAUCGACUGAUGUGUAAGACUACACACAUGCUACCUAGCAGGUGAAGCUGGUUGACCAGCAUGGUAUUUCAAAAUAAGCUGGUUAAGCUUGUUUAAAAGCCUGGUUGGGACAACUAAUUCAAAGUCUUUACCAGAUUCAGGUACGGAAAUGGCGAUUACACAAUCUGAACAGCAGGUACUUAUAUGUCAACAGCGAUGCCACACUGUUAAAAAAAGCAUUCAGUUACUAAUCACAGUGCCAAGACCAGUGGAUUUCACUGAUAGCUGUAUAUUUAGUUUAGUCUAUCACAUGAAAUCAGACUAGAGUGAGAAUGGCCCUGUAACUGUCUGAAUCAUACUGAGGAAGAGGAUGGGUAAGGAGGCAAAAGAUUGGUGGACCUCCAUUCAUCAACAUGUUUCUUUUAAUUACUCUCAGUGUUCUCAAAGAUUAGCAUCACCAGAUUAUAUCAGACAUUACAGUACAAACUAUGUGUGGAAAUGUGAGUGGGAACAGAAAAAACAUGUGAACAAUGCAUGAAGAAUGGACAAAUGUUUAUCUGGAUGCACUUUUGACAGUUGCAGAAGACCGGCAACAAGAUCACAUCUUGUGGCUUCACAUCAGAAUGUCAAAUUUGAGGAGUGGAUCCACCAUUGUGGCAGCUUAGUUAUGGGGGUACACACUCUAGACUGGGAGAGAAUCGUACUCUCAUGUCAGAAAGACAGACAGCUGGGUAUUCCCGGUAGAGUAGUUUAAAUAAAUAAGAGUGUAGAAGACACUGUGAAUUGGAUUGAAUUGUCUAAGGUAUGUGAAUACUGACUAUUACUCUAAAUCACUAGAAGUCCUGGCAGUUUCAAAUAACAGGUUGAACAAUGGGCGGAAAUUUCCAUUUGAUCACAAUGUUACACAUAAUGCUGAGUGUACAGGAUGUCAUUAA